AUGAGCACCGACGACGACGACUUAUGUGACUGUGACCAAGACAACGAAGACGAGGAUGAAGCAUCAUACGACCACCCCAUCUGGCUCACAGAACUCCGAGGCUUCAUCGACUACCGCGAGCGAGAAGCCGAGAUGCUCAACGAGCUCUUUGCCAUGCACCGUACAUUCGCCAUCGAGGAGUGGGCGAUUAGCCAACGCCGCUUCGUAUUCCGCUUCCGAGAUCUGGACGUCGAGCUUCUGCAUGAUCUGGAUCAGCCGUUGUGUGUCAACGCGAAUAGCUCGAGUAUGAGACGGCUGUACUUGGACUCCAUGCGAGCGGAGUUGCGAGAAGUAUUGCAGCUGUCUCUGGCAGAGGAUGCCAGGAGGACCAUGAGCUUCGGGUGUAUGCUAUUGCGCAUCACGGAAUGUGCCGAGGGCUGGCUACAGUCCUGGCGAGAUUCGCUGGCAGCAUCUCUGGACAUCACGAAAAAGGAGGCCAAAGCCGGAGGCUGGGACUCCGCAACCGUCAGCAUUCAGACAGCGCUGUUCGACAACAAGCUAGGCCUGAAUCUCAUGACGGCCAACGACACAGCCAGACAUCUUCUCGGCCGCUCCAUCACGGAGAUAUGCAAGGAUGACGAGUUCGAAGACUUGCGAAUCCUGCACGUCGAGCCUGUCUUUCGCGAUGACUUGGUCAUGAAGUUCCUCCGGCAAAAGGCGAAUAUGAAAGAGAAGCUGAUGCAAACGUCUUUCGAGAGGCUUUCGCAGAUUAUCUUACGCAAACCUCAAGUGACCUUUCACGGCGCGCCACGCUAUGUAGUCUCCUCGAUCGUGCGAUAUGGAUUCCUGAUCCCGGGUCAAAAGAUCGGUUUCACUGGCAAGAUUCUGGACGUCGAACGCGGUUCUUCCUUCGGCGUGGCCAUAUAUUCCAGCCCUAAUGCCUCGUACGCUUCCUGUUAUGGUCGAUCAUCGGGAGAAUACACCACGGGCUUCACCUCGCCAAGCAGUAUUCCCAGGUUUCGCUUAUUAGUUUAUGCCACGCUUAUGGGCCGCUCCAUUCAAGUGACGCGCGAAGAGAGGAGGAGACAAGAGGGUGUGGCGAAUGCUGAUGCGGACUCGCACGUAUCGCCCAACAAGAUGGAGUACAUUGUCUUCGACAGCGCGCAGAUCAUUCCAUGUUAUGUCCUGCACGUGGACUACGGAGCCGAGUAUGCGAAGACUGGGUUUGAGUGGUCUUUACAGUGGCGGAAAGAAGAUCACAAACGUCGACAGCAGAAUCAGCAUGAUAAUUCCAGAGGGCAGGGCAAAGGGUAUGAGAUGCCAGCGGAUGUCGUGGCGCGAAAGCAAGCCCUCGAGAGCGCCGCGUCGAAAUGGUUCCCCUAUGGCUAUGGUCCUGCGACGGGUACUAGAUUCGAGAUCCUGGAGAUCGGUGAGGUGUCGGAUGAUGAAGAGGAAUUUGGCGAUUACCAGGCUAUUCGUCAGCAGCAGUGGGAAGAAACUCGGGAGAAGAAGAGGGUGGAGAGUGGUGGCAACUGGUUCGAUCAGUAUCAGUCUGUGCGGAAGAGUUUUAAGGAAGUCCGGUUUGAUGAAUAUGAUCGUUGA